AUGACCGCUAAACUAAAACUUUUGGACGAAGACGGCAUAUAUGAGCAUCUUUUCGAGCGCUACAGCCUUCUCCAAAAGCACGCUAAUGAGCUGAAGCAAGACCUGGGCAUCGUGUCGAGAAGCAGCGGCGACCUGGAAGUCUCGUUCGAACCUCAGCCAGGUUCCCACGUCAAAGAGCACUUCAAUUUCGAAAUAGCACAGUCUUUAUCGAGCCUCAAUUCAUCCAGAGAUAACAACAAUUCCACUACUGGGUACGUCGUCUGGUCCACUACUCCAUUUUUUCUGCAAUGGCUACUUUACUCGCCCUCAGGCGCCAUUUUUGGGAAAGGUGGAACAAUUGAGGUAGAGGGGGACGCUUCCCAUUCGGCCUACGAGCUACCCGCAAUAUUUGGCUCGCGGACAGUUGACACUGACGAAAGUUCUGAUGUACCUGCCGCGCCGCAGCAUAUUAUUGUGGAGCUGGGUGCUGGAAUUGCAGGUAUGCUCUGUGUCGCGUUGGCAAACUACGUUGACAAAUACGUGUGUACAGACCAAAAGGGCCUUCUUAACGGUCUCAAGCGCAAUAUAAAGCAUAACAUCGAUGAGCUGCGACUUAGAAAUAUGGAAUCCAGCACGCUUGAUUUCGAAAUUAGUCGAAGGACAGCACUGAAGACUGAGCUAGAUGUCUUGGAUUUAGAUUGGGAGUCUUUUGGUCUCAAAAGCUCUAACUUCCAUACGCUGAUAACUCCAGCAGGCCCUUCAACCGUGUGCAUUUUGUCCAUGGAUGUGGUUUACAACGAAUUCCUAAUAGCACCCUACCUUCGAACUCUCAAGAAGUUGCUUCAAACCUACGAAAAAUCUGGCAACACAUCGUUUGCAAUACUGGGCAUACAGCUUCGUGACCAAGAUGUCGUUGAGAUGUUUUUGUCUACAGCAGUAGUUCAAUUCGAACUUAAAGUCUGCGCUAUUGUAGAUUCAGAAAUUGAUAAAACGCGGUUUGGUUUAUACUACAUUACAACUCAAUAA